AGUGCGUCUUUCAUGAGCUAACCCUGUUCCGCUGGGAGGGCUGUUCCUUUAAUUCACCAACUGAAAAAGUGGGAAAGGAUGUCUGGAGGCGAGGCGUCCCAUUACAGGGGAAGGAGCUGGCUAUAUAAGCCAGCCAAAGCUGGCUGCUCUGGCCACAGCCUGCCUACUGUCACACGCCUCUCCCGCGCAGACACACGCCCCCGCCUCCGGUCGGCACAAAGACAGCGGCUGGGGGACGCUGGGGGCCGCGCACGUGGGAACCCCGCUGCUGCUCAAGCCCAGGUGUUUCUUCAUGGAACCGGUGCACCUCCGGAUCUAGGUCUUUUCCACCAGGGAAAGAGAAGGUCACUCUUUCCAGAAGAUCAGAGACAACCACUUUGGAUUCUACUUUGCAUUCCUAAAUCCCAGAUUCUACUGAGAAUAAGACAGUAGAGCCACAGCAACGAGCAGAGCCCACCACGACCAUGGGGGUCAUGACCCGAGUGCUGUCCGGCAUCUUCCUAGCAUUGCUUGCCCUCCCUUCAGAAGGUGGAGUCCUUAAAAAAGUCAUCCGGCACAAGCGACAGAGUGGGGUGAACGUCUCCCUGCCGGAGGAGAACCAGCCAGUGGUGUUUAACCAUGUCUACAACAUCAAGCUGCCCGUGGGGUCACAGUGUUCGGUGGAUCUGGAAUCAGCCAGUGGGGAGAAAGACCUGGCCCCACCGUCAGAGCCCAGUGGAAGCUUCCAGGAGCACACCGUGGAUGGGGAAAACCAAAUCGUCUUCACGCACCGCAUCAACAUCCCUCGCCGCGCCUGCGGCUGCGCGGCAGCCCCUGACGUGAAGGAGCUCCUGAGCCGGCUGGAGGAGCUGGAGGUCCUGGUGUCCUCCCUGCGGGAGCAAUGCACCAUGGGAGCAGGCUGCUGUCUCCAACCUGCCGAAGGCCGCCUGGACACGCGGCCCUUCUGCAGCGGCCGUGGCAACUUCAGCACAGAAGGCUGCGGCUGCAUCUGUGAACCUGGCUGGAAAGGCCCCAACUGCUCUGAGCCUGAAUGCCCAGGGAACUGUAACCUUCGAGGCCAAUGCCUCGACGGACAGUGUGUCUGCGACGAGGGCUUCACUGGUGAGGACUGCAGCCAGCUGGCCUGUCCCAGCGAUUGCAAUGACCAGGGCAGGUGCGUGAACGGGGUCUGCGUGUGCUUCGAAGGCUACGCGGGGGCCGACUGCAGCCAGGAGGUCUGCCCGGUGCCCUGCAGCGCGGAGCACGGCACGUGCGUGGACGGCCGGUGCGUGUGCCGAGACGGCUUCGCGGGCGAGGACUGCACCGAGCCCCUGUGUCUCAACAACUGCUUCAACCGCGGGCGCUGCGUGGAGAACGAGUGCGUGUGCGACGAGGGCUUCACGGGCGACGACUGCAGCGAGCUCGUCUGCCCCAACGACUGCUUCGACCGCGGUCGCUGCCUCAACGGCACCUGCUACUGCGAGGAGGGCUUCACGGGCGAGGACUGCGGCCAACUCACCUGCCCCAACGCCUGCCACGGACGCGGCCAGUGCGAGGAGGGUCAGUGCGUGUGCGACGAAGGUUUCGCAGGCGCAGACUGCAGCGAGAAGCGCUGUCCCGCCGACUGUCACCACCGCGGCCGCUGCCUCAAUGGCCAGUGCGAGUGCGACGAUGGAUUCACGGGCGCAGACUGUGGGGAGCUUCAAUGCCCCAAUGGCUGUAGCGGCCACGGCCGCUGCGUCAACGGCCAGUGCGUGUGUGACGAGGGCUACACCGCAGAGGACUGCAGCCAGCAGCGGUGCCCCAAUGACUGCCACGGCCGGGGCCGCUGCGUCCAGGGCCAGUGCGUGUGCGAACAGGGCUUCAAGGGUUACGACUGCAGUGACAUGAGCUGCCCCAAUGACUGCCACCAGCACGGCCGCUGUGUGAACGGCAUGUGCGUCUGUGACGACGGUUACACCGGGGAAGACUGCCGGGACCUCCGGUGUCCCCGGGACUGCAGCAACCGCGGCCGCUGUGUGGACGGGAAGUGCCUAUGCGAGGACGGCUUCACGGGCCCCGACUGUGCCGAGCUGGCCUGCCCCAGUGACUGCCAUGGCCAGGGCCGCUGCGUGAACGGGCAGUGCGUGUGCUACGAGGGCUUUGCAGGCAAAGAGUGCAAGGAGCAAAGGUGUCCAAGUGACUGCCACGGCCAGGGCCGCUGCGUGGACGGCCAGUGCAUCUGUCACCAGGGCUUCACAGGCCCCGACUGUGGGCAGCGCUCCUGCCCCAAUGACUGCAGUGAAAGGGGACAGUGUGUCACCGGUCACUGCAUCUGCAUCGAGGGCUACACAGGGGAAGACUGCUCAGAGGUGUCCCCUCCCAAAGACCUCAUUGUGACGGAAGUGACGGAAGAGACCGUCAACCUGGCCUGGGACAAUGAGAUGCGGGUAACGGAGUACCUCAUCGUGUACACGCCCACCCACGCCGACGGCCUGGAGAUGCAGUUCCGCGUGCCCGGGGACCAGACAUCCACCACCAUCCGGGAGCUGGAGCCUGGUGUGGAGUACUUUGUCCGCGUGUUCGCCAUCCUAGAGAACAAAAGGAGCAUUCCCGUCAGCGCCAGGGUGGCCACCUACCUGCCUGCACCUGAAGGCCUGAAAUUCAAGUCCAUCAAAGAGACAUCUGUGGAAGUGGAAUGGGACCCUCUAGACAUUGCAUUCGAAACGUGGGAGAUCAUCUUCCGGAAUAUGAAUAAAGAAGAUGAGGAAGAAAUCACCAAAAGUCUGAGAAGGCCGGAGACCUCGUACCGGCAAACUGGUCUAGCUCCUGGGCAAGAAUAUGAGAUCUCGCUGCACAUCGUGAAAAACAAUACCCGGGGCCCCGGCCUGAAGAGAGUGACCACCACCCGCCUGGAUGCCCCCAGCCAGAUGGAGGUGAAAGAUGUCACUGACACCACAGCUCUGGUCACCUGGUUCAAGCCCCUGGCUGAGAUCGAUGGCCUUGAGCUCUCCUACGGCAUCAAAGAUGCGCCCGGUGACCGCACCACCGUCGACCUCACGCACGACGAGAAUCAGUACUCCAUUGGGAACCUGAAGCCCGACACCGAGUACGAGGUGUCCCUCAUCUCCCGCAGGGGUGAGAUGUCCAGCAACCCGGCCACAGAGACCUUCACCACAGGUCUGGAUGCUCCCAGGAAUCUCCGGCGUGUCUCCCAGACUGACAGCAGCAUCACCUUGGAAUGGAGAAAUGUCAAGUCGGCCAUCGACAGCUACAGAAUUAAGUAUGCACCCAUCUCUGGUGGUGACCACGCCGAGGUCGAUGUUCCAAAGAGUCAACAGGCCACAACGAAAACCACACUCACUGGUCUGAGGCCGGGAACUGAAUAUGGAAUUGGAGUUUCCGCUGUGAAGCAGGACAAAGAGAGCGAUCCAGCAACCAUCAAUGCAGCCACAGAAAUUGAUGCACCCAAGGACCUUCAAGUUUCUGACACAACGGACAGCAGCCUGACCCUGGUCUGGAGGACACCAUUGGCCAAGUUUGACCGCUACCGCCUCAAUUACAGCCUUCCCACCGGCCAGUCAGCAGAGGCCCAACUUCCAAGAGAUACCACCUCCUAUGUCCUCAGAGGCCUGGAACCAGGCCAGGAAUACACCGUCCUCCUAACGGCCGAGAAGGGCAGACAUAGGAGCAAGCCCGCACGUGCCAAAGCAUCCACCGAACAAGUCCCUGGACUGGAAAAUCUCACGGUGACUGAGGCCAGCUGGGAUGGCCUCAAACUCAACUGGACAGCAGCUGACCAGGCCUAUGAGUACUUUGUCAUUCAGGUGCAGGAGGCCAACAAGGUGGAGACUGCUCAGAACCUCACGGUGUCCGGCAGCCUCCGGGCUGUGGACAUCCCUGGCCUCAAGGCUGCCACCCCUUACAGAGUCUCCAUGUUCGGGGUGAUCCGGGGCCACAGAACACCAGUGCUCUCUGCCGAGGCCUUCACAGGAGAAUCUCCCAAAUUGGGAGAAGUCACGGUGGCCGAGGUGGCCUGGGACACCCUCAAGCUCAACUGGACAGCUCCAGAGGGGGCCUAUGAGCACUUUGUCAUUCAGGUGCAGGAGACUGACACCGGAGAGGUGGCCCAGAACCUCACAGUCCCAGGAGGACUGAGGUCCGUGGACCUGCCUGGGCUCAGGUCAGCCACACGCUAUAGCAUCACCAUCCGCGGGGUCGCUUGGGACUUCAGCACAGCCCCUCUCUCUGUUGAAGCCUUGACAGAGAAGGUUCCAGAUCUGGGAAACCUCACAGUGACCGAGGUUAGCUGGGAUGCCCUCAGACUGGACUGGACCACACCCGAUGGCACCUAUGACCAGUUUAUCAUUCAGGUCCAAAAGGCUGGCCAGGUGGAAGAGGCUCAUAAUCUCACGAUUCCCGGCAGCCUGCGCUCAGUGAAGAUCCCAGGCCUCAGGGCUGGCACCCCUUACACAGUCACCCUGCGCGGCGAGCUCAGGGGCCACAGUACUCAGCCUCUUGCUGUGGAGGCCAUCACAGAGGAGCUCCCCCAGCUGGGAGACUUAGUCGUGACUGAGGCCGGCUGGGAUGGCCUCAAACUCAACUGGACAGCAGCUGACCAGGCCUAUGAGCACUUUGUCAUUCAGGUGCAGGAGGCCAAUAAGGUGGAGGCCGCUCAGAAUCUCACGGUGCCUGGCAGCCUCCGGGCUGUGGACAUCCCCGGCCUCAAAGCUGCCACCCCUUACAGAGUCACCCUCUAUGGGGUGAUCCGGGGCCAUAGAACACCAGUGCUCUCUGCCGAGGCCUUCACAGCUGAAGAACCUGAAAUGGGAAACUUAAAUGUUUCUGACAUAACUCCUCAGAGCUUCAACCUGUCCUGGACAGCAACUGACGGGGCCUUCGAGACCUUUACCAUUGAAAUUAUUGAUUCCAAUAGGUUGCUGCAAACCGCGGAACAUAAUGUCUCUGGUGCUGAACGAACUGCCCACAUCUCAGGGCUUCCCCCUAGUACUGAUUUCAUUAUCUACCUCUCUGGACUUGCUCCCAGCAUUCGGACCAAAACCAUCAGCACCACAGCCUCCACAGAGCCAGAGCCACAGUUGGGCACGCUAAUUCUUAGCAACAUUACUCCUGACAGCUUCAACGUGUCAUGGACCACUCAAGCUGGGCUUUUUGCAAAGAUUGUUAUCAAUGUGAGCAAUGCUCGGUCACUGCAUGAGGCCCAGCAAUUCACAGUCCCAGGAGAUGUACAGCAGGCUCACAUCUCUGGCUUGGUGGAGAACACUGGCUAUGACGUUAGUGUGGCAGGGACCACCUGGGCUGGUGACCCCUCUAGACCCCUCACUGCCUUUGUCAUUACAGAGGCCUUGCCCCUUCUGGAAAACCUAACCAUUUCCGACAUUAAUCCCUACGGGUUCACAGUUUCCUGGAUGGCAUCGGAGAAUGCCUUUGACAGCUUUCUAGUCACGGUGGUGGAUUCUGGGAAGCUGCUGGAUCCCCAGGAAUUCACACUUUCAGGAGCCCAGAGGAAGCUGGAGCUUAGAGGCCUCAUAACGGGCAUUGGCUAUGAGGUCAUGGUCUCUGGCUUCACCCAAGGGCACCAAACCAAGCCCCUGAGGGCUGAGAUCACUACAGAAGCUGAACCGGAAGUUGACAACCUUCUGGUUUCAGAUGCCACCCCAGACGGUUUCCGUCUGUCCUGGACAGCUGAUGAAGGGAUUUUCGACAGUUUUGUUCUCAGAAUCAGAGAUACCAAAAAGCAAUCUGAACCACAGGAAAUAAUCCUCCCUUCCUCUGAACGUACCAGGGACAUAACAAAUCUCAGAGAGGCCACUGAAUAUGAAAUUGAACUCUAUGGAAUAAGCAAUGGAAGGCGGUCCCAGCCAGUCAGUGCCAUAGCAACAACAGCCAUGGGCUCUCCAAAGGAGCUGAUUUUCUCAGACAUCACUGAAAACUCAGCCACUGUCAGCUGGACGGCACCCACUGCCCAGGUGGAGAGCUUCCGGAUUACCUACGUACCCAUGACAGGAGGUGCACCCUCCAUGGUAACUGUGGAUGGAACCCAGACUGAGACCAGGCUGGUGAAGCUCAUUCCUGGGGUGGAGUACCUGGUCAGCGUCAUCUCCAUGAAGGGCUUUGAGGAAAGCGAACCUGUCUCAGGGUCACUCACCACAGCUCUGGAUGGUCCAUCCGGCCUGGUGACAGCCAACAUCACCGACUCGGAAGCCUUGGCCAUGUGGCAGCCAGCCAUUGCCACUGUGGACAGUUAUGUCAUCUCCUACACAGGGGAGAGAGUGCCAGAAAUUACACGCACGGUGUCCGGGAACACGGUAGAAUACGCGCUGACUGACCUCGAGCCUGCCACAGAGUACACCCUGAGAAUCUUUGCGGAGAAAGGGCCCCAGAAGAGCUCCCCCAUCACUGCCAAGUUCACCACAGACAUUGAUUCUCCAAGAGACUUGACUGCCACUGAGGUACAGUCAGAAACUGCCCUCCUCACCUGGAGACCUCCCCGAGCAUCGGUCACUGGUUACCUCCUGGUCUAUGAAUCCGUGGAUGGCACAGUCAAGGAAGUCAUUGUGGGACCUGACACCACUUCCUACAGCCUGGCAGACCUGAGCCCGUCCACCCACUACACAGCCCGGAUCCAGGCAUUGAAUGGGCCACUGAGGAGCAAGCUCAUCCAAACCAUCUUCACCACCAUUGGACUCCUGUACCCAUUCCCCAGGGACUGCUCCCAAGCAAUGCUGAAUGGAGACACGACCUCUGGCCUCUACACCAUUUACCUCAAUGGCGACAAGGCCCAGGCACUGGAAGUCUUCUGCGACAUGACCUCUGACGGGGGCGGAUGGAUCGUGUUCCUGAGACGCAAAAAUGGACGUGAGGACUUCUAUCGAAACUGGAAGGCCUAUGCUGCAGGAUUCGGGGACCGCAGAGAAGAAUUCUGGCUUGGACUGGAUAAUCUGAGCAAAAUCACAGCCCAAGGGCAGUACGAGCUGCGGGUGGACCUGCAAGACCAUGGGGAGACAGCCUUCGCCGUCUACGACAAGUUCAGCGUGGGAGACGCCAAGACUCGCUACAGGCUGAAGGUGGAGGGGUACAGCGGAACAGCAGGUGACUCCAUGGCUUACCACAAUGGCAGAUCCUUCUCCACCUUCGACAAGGACACAGACUCAGCCAUCACCAACUGUGCCCUGUCCUAUAAAGGGGCUUUCUGGUACAAGAACUGUCACCGUGUCAACCUGAUGGGAAGAUAUGGGGAUGAUAACCACAGUCAGGGGGUUAACUGGUUCCACUGGAAGGGCCACGAGCAUUCAAUCCAGUUUGCUGAGAUGAAGCUGAGACCCAGCAACUUCCGAAACCUCGAAGGCAGGCGCAAACGGGCAUGAAUUCCGGGGACCACUGGGUGAGAGAGGAGUAGGGCCCAGAGAAAGGAAAGGAUUUUACCAAAGCAUCCAAACAACCCUCCAACCAUCAAGCACGCCUGGGCAUCUGGCAAGAGUCAAGCUGACCACGGAUCACGGAGAAACUGGCCUCCCCCAUCUGCGAUGACUUCCUUCGCACCAAAGACGAGAGUCUGCAACAGGUUUCCGCUUGGUGGUUCAAUUCAGCGAAAAUCUUCCAGUGACGGCGACACCAUAGUUUUACUUCUCCUGGGGGGGUCUCUGGGAAAGGGAGCGGGGGAGGCUGUACAGUGGUAGUUUGUUCUAGAACCAGCCAUAUUUUACACAAAGCUGUAUAAUUAAUUAUCAUUAUUUUUGUUAGCAAAGAGAAAAUGUGUGUCAUUGGAAGCUUCCCCACCUCCGGCCCCCAACGUUUUUUCUUUUUACAUUUCAUUCAGCCGAAACCAGAAAAGCAAUACUGUUCCCAUUUCAAGGAGAUGAUUAAUAUUAUUAAUAUAAGAAUAAUGAUGAGGAUGAAAACUAAGGAUUUUUAAAGAGAUCCUCCUUUUCCAAACACAUCUGGACAGUACCUGAUUGUAUUUUUUUUUAAUAAAAGCACAAGUACUUUUGAGUUGG